CGGGAGCGCGCACAGCGCGUGCGUACGCGGCGGCGGUUGGCAGCGCGCGGACAGUGUGAAGUGCGGCGAGGCGGCGCCGGACCCACGGACCGACAGACCGGGCGGCCCCUACGGCCGUCGGCGGCCAGGCGGCCCGACAUGUUGUCUGGGAAGAAGGCAGCGGCUGCAGCGGCCGCGGCGGCGGCGGCGGCGGCUGCCGGGUCGGAGGCCGGUGCGGGGGUAGCGGGUGGCGCGGAGAACGGCUCUGAGGUGGCCCCACCGCCCACGGGCCUGUCCGGCCCUGGCGAGGCGGGGCCGGGGGCGGCUGGAGAGCGCACUCCCCGCAAGAAGGAGCCCCCGCGGGCCUCGCCCCCGGGCGGUCUGGCCGAGCCGCCGGGGUCCGCCGGGCCUCAGGCCGGGCCUACCGCAGUGCCUGGGUCUGCGACCCCCAUGGAAACGGGAAUCGCAGAGACACCGGAGGGGCGACGGACCAGCCGGCGCAAGCGAGCGAAGGUAGAGUACAGAGAGAUGGAUGAAAGUUUGGCCAACCUCUCAGAAGACGAGUAUUAUUCAGAAGAAGAGAGAAAUGCUAAAGCAGAGAAGGAAAAGAAGCUUCCUCCACCACCCCCUCAAGCCCCACCUGAGGAAGAAAAUGAAAGUGAGCCUGAGGAACCAUCUGGUGUGGAGGGUGCAGCUUUCCAGAGUAGACUUCCUCAUGACCGGAUGACUUCUCAAGAAGCAGCCUGUUUUCCCGAUAUCAUCAGUGGACCACAGCAGACCCAGAAGGUUUUUCUGUUCAUUAGAAACCGCACAUUGCAGUUGUGGUUGGAUAAUCCAAAGAUUCAGCUGACAUUUGAAGCUACUCUCCAACAAUUAGAAGCGCCUUACAACAGUGAUACUGUGCUUGUCCACCGAGUUCACAGUUAUUUAGAGCGUCAUGGUCUUAUCAACUUCGGCAUCUAUAAGAGGAUAAAGCCGCUCCCAACUAAGAAGACAGGAAAGGUAAUCAUCAUAGGCUCUGGGGUCUCAGGCUUGGCAGCAGCUCGUCAGUUACAAAGUUUUGGAAUGGAUGUCACACUUCUGGAAGCCAGGGAUCGUGUGGGUGGACGAGUUGCUACAUUUCGCAAAGGAAACUAUGUAGCUGACCUUGGAGCCAUGGUAGUAACAGGUCUUGGAGGGAAUCCCAUGGCUGUGGUCAGCAAACAAGUAAAUAUGGAACUGGCCAAGAUCAAGCAAAAAUGCCCACUUUAUGAAGCGAAUGGACAAGCUGUUCCUAAGGAGAAAGAUGAAAUGGUAGAGCAAGAGUUUAACCGGUUGCUAGAAGCUACGUCUUACCUUAGUCAUCAGCUGGACUUCAACGUCCUCAAUAAUAAGCCUGUGUCCCUUGGCCAGGCAUUGGAAGUUGUCAUUCAGUUACAAGAAAAGCAUGUCAAAGAUGAGCAGAUUGAACACUGGAAGAAGAUAGUGAAAACUCAGGAGGAACUGAAGGAACUUCUUAAUAAGAUGGUGAAUUUAAAAGAGAAAAUAAAAGAACUCCAUCAGCAGUACAAAGAAGCAUCUGAAGUCAAACCACCCAGAGAUAUCACUGCUGAGUUCUUAGUGAAAAGCAAACACAGGGAUCUAACUGCCCUGUGCAAGGAAUAUGAUGAAUUAGCUGAAACACAAGGAAAACUAGAAGAAAAACUUCAAGAGUUGGAAGCCAAUCCCCCAAGUGAUGUAUAUCUCUCAUCAAGAGACAGACAGAUACUUGAUUGGCAUUUUGCAAAUCUUGAAUUCGCUAAUGCCACACCUCUCUCUACACUCUCCCUUAAGCACUGGGAUCAGGAUGACGACUUUGAGUUUACUGGCAGCCACCUGACAGUGAGGAACGGCUACUCGUGUGUGCCUGUGGCUUUAGCAGAAGGCCUGGACAUUAAACUGAACACUGCGGUUCGGCAGGUUCGCUACACAGCUUCAGGAUGUGAAGUGAUAGCUGUCAACACCCGCUCCACAAGCCAGACCUUUAUUUAUAAGUGUGACGCGGUUCUCUGCACCCUGCCCUUGGGCGUGCUGAAGCAGCAGCCACCCGCCGUGCAGUUCGUGCCGCCUCUUCCCGAGUGGAAAACAUCUGCAGUCCAGAGGAUGGGGUUUGGCAACCUUAACAAGGUGGUGCUGUGUUUUGACCGUGUGUUCUGGGACCCAAGUGUCAAUCUGUUCGGCCAUGUUGGCAGCACGACUGCGAGCAGGGGCGAACUCUUCCUCUUCUGGAACCUCUAUAAGGCUCCAAUAUUGUUGGCACUCGUGGCAGGAGAAGCUGCCGGCAUCAUGGAAAACAUAAGUGAUGAUGUGAUUGUUGGCCGAUGCCUGGCCAUCCUCAAGGGGAUUUUUGGCAGCAGUGCGGUGCCCCAGCCCAAGGAAACAGUAGUGUCUCGCUGGCGUGCUGAUCCCUGGGCCCGAGGCUCCUAUUCCUAUGUAGCUGCAGGAUCGUCUGGAAAUGACUAUGACUUAAUGGCUCAGCCAAUCACUCCUGGCCCCUCAAUUCCAGGUGCCCCACAGCCUAUUCCUCGACUCUUCUUUGCUGGAGAACACACAAUCCGUAACUACCCAGCCACGGUCCAUGGUGCUCUGCUGAGCGGGCUGCGAGAAGCAGGAAGGAUUGCAGACCAGUUCUUGGGGGCCAUGUACACCCUGCCUCGCCAGGCCACACCCGGCGUCCCUGCGCAGCAGGCCCCGAACAUGUGAGAAAGCAGCCCGUGCGCGUCUUCUGCUGCAUAAGCAAAGCUCUUCUAGCAAAAAAUACAGAUUCCACUGAGACACUUGCCCACCUCUGGGCUCCAGCUCAGCUGCUCAGGCAAAGCCCCUGAUGGCCAGGUGGCCAAGGAGGUGGCCUCCUGUGACUUGGAGCUAGGGAGGCACUUGUUCCAUUAGUCUGAGAGUCUGUGUUCUUCAUCAGGACUGAGGGAAGCAAGUACUGGGAGACAACGUCUUAGUCUCUGUCUGUGGUGGUUUUUUAUAUUUUGAGAAUAAACUUCAUAGAAAAUCA